CCCCUUCUCCUCCUCCUCCUCGGGAGACGCGCGUGGAGGCGGUGGCGCUGGCGGGCGAGGGGGGCUCGCUCGGCGGGGGCGAUGGGCAGGGGUCCUGGGGUGGCGGCCGCGCUGUUCUACGGGGCGGUGGCGGCGCUGGUGCUGCUGGGGGUGCGGGACGUGCUGUUCCUGUACGAGGAGAACCAGUGCAGCAUGACCUACAUGUACGAGUACCCCGAGUACCUGAAAAUAAAACUACCUAAAAAAAUAUCCAGACGUUUUCCAGCCUAUGAGCUCUAUCUCUAUGGGGAAGGGAAUUAUGCUGAAGAAAACAAAAAUCUGAUAUUGACAGGGAUUCCAGUUCUCUUCCUUCCUGGGAAUGCUGGGAGUUACAAACAAGUACGUUCUCUUGGCUCUAUAGCGCUUAGAAAAGCAGAAGACAUUGACUUCAAGUACCAUUUCAAUUUCUUCACUGUCAAUUUUAAUGAGGAGCUGGUUGCACUAUAUGGUGGUAGUCUGCAAAGACAAACCAGAUUUGUGCACGAGUGCAUUAAAGUAAUUCUUAAGCUGUACAAGGAUCAAGAAUUUGCUCCAAGCAGUGUUGCAAUAGUAGGUCAUUCCAUGGGUGGUCUUGUUGCAAGAGCAUUGCCCACUCUAAAGAAUUUUAAGCCUGAAUUUAUAAACCUCCUCAUUACACAAGCCACACCUCAUGUUGCACCUGUAAUGCCUUUAGACAAAUAUCUUACUGAUUUUUAUACAGCUGUAAACAAUCAUUGGAUUUUAAAAGCCCAAGAUGUAAGAAAUCUAACUACUCUUUCUGUGGCGGGAGGAUUCAGAGAUUACCAAGUUCGUUCAGGACUCGCUUUUCUGCCAAGAUUAAGUCAACAUAGCCGUGCCUUAUUUGUUGUGAGCUCAGCAGUGCCUAGAACUUGGGCCUCAACAGAUCACCUCUCCAUAGUGUGGUGUAAAGAAUUGAUCUUGGCUACCAUUAGGGCAUUUUUUGAUCUUAUUGAUGAAACCACCAAACAGAUAACUGAGGAUCCAAAGAAGAGAAUGUUAGUAUUGAAUCAUCACUUUGUGAGGCACCCAGCAAAGUUCUUUGAGGAAGAUCCUGAAACACUUACUGAACUUAAAGGAACUUUGAUUUGGAUGAAAAUCAAAUCCUCAAAAUGGACCUAUACAGUUUACAAUGAAUCUGAUGGAAAAUAUUUCGUGUUUCCUCUUUCAAACCACAGAAAAACCUACAGUCAUGUCCACUGUCAAAACAGUAUAUUGGAUACAAGUAGCUGGAUUUAUGGCUGUUUAAACAGUAGUUCAUCUAUGUGCCUGGAAGGUUUUGAUUUAUCCUGGAAAGCUGAAUUACUGCCAACUGUUAAGAUUGUAACUCUGAAACUCCAGGAAUAUCCUUCUUUGUCCGAUCUUGUAGUUUAUGUACCAGCUAUUAAUGGCAAUAAGUUUACUGUGGACUGUGAAUUCUUUAAAGAGGAUUCCCGAAGGGUACAACUUCCUGUAACACACCUUUUUUCUUUUGGGCUUUCUUCAAGCAAAAUUGUAUUAAAUUCAACUGGUCUAAUUUACAAUGUACAGCUCCAACACUUUGGCCAGAUAUACCAAGCUUUUAAAAUCUACAUUGAGAGCCACUGCCAACCACACAAAGGAAGAAAAAUGAGUGUUUACAGACUCCACGUACCAUGGUCACAUGAAGACUCAAUAACUGUCUCUAAAGUUCCAUCUUUUACUGAGAUUUCUGCAAAACUGCACAUUGCACAACCUGAAAAUGACAGCACUGUUGCAGUAUUAAAUAUUUAUUCAUCUUCAGAUUGUCAAUAUGAAGUAACCAUCAAGACCUCAUUCUCACAAGUUCUUGGGCAAGUAAUAAGGUUUCAUGGUGUUUCCCUUCCUGUGUAUGUUAUUUCUAAUAUGCUUCUUGCAUAUGGAGGACAAUUAAGCGCCUUAAUUUCAACAGGCCACUGUUUGGAUUUUGUUCCUGCACUGACUAGAGCAGCCAAACCCUACAAAGUGGACCCUUUUGUGAAUGUUGUUAAAUUUCUGUUGGGGUUUAACUGGUUUAAAGAUAUAUGGAAUGUAUUGUUUUUGCCACAGUUGGAUGCUGUUUUACUGAAUAAGCAGGAUAUGUGGUUCCCCCUUGUGUCCCUGAUUCUAUUUCUUUUUGGGACAGGAAUUGCCUACUGGGGUGGCAUACUCUUCUCUUCAUCUCUAAGGCUCUUGUCUUCAUUGUGGUUAUCUUUGACAAGACCCUCUGGACUUCCUAAAGACAGCAAGUUGAUGACACCAAGAAGAGCGUUUGUGGCCAUUCUUCUGGUUUUUGUUAGCUGUACCACUUGUGGGGCGUUUGCUAUAUUAAUUAUCUAUCUACACUACAUGUUCAAGGUUAUUAAACUACAUUCGAAUGUAAGAAUAGAGCAAAAUGUUCUUAAUAUGGAUCCAAAGCACUCAAAAGAAACUUCAGAUAAUUCCAAUAAAGAGACAGUAAAGAACUGUGAUUCAGCAGAGACAAUUACAAAAGCAGCAGCAGCAGCAUCACCCACCACCAAUACAGCUAUUGACAAUGUUGUAAACAGUCUUAAGAUACAUAUUACAAUCAUCAAUUUACUCACAUGGAUUGUGCUACUCAGUUUACCAUCUUUAAUUUAUUGGUUUAAAAAUCUCAGGUACAAUGUUAGACUUGAUCCUGAUCCAUGUAGAACUAUGGCUAUUAUUCUUGUAUCCACUUUGGGAAUUCUCAUGAAUUCAAGUACUACUAAAGUAAAAUCAAGUAAACUGUCGAAAAUUGCAGCACAACUUCCUCUCCCUUUGUCUGUAGCUGUGGUGGCCUUUGGACCAAUGCAUUUAUACAGAGUACCAUACUUUGUAAUCUGUUCUCUUCUUCUACAUGUGUUAUGUUGUAUUCUGUAAAUCUUUAGUUUCCCAAAUGAAAUCGGAGAAGCAGUGUGGCCCAGAAAUGGAUGCUGGAAAAAAAUGUCAAGUUGAACAAAGAAAUGUCCAGAUCAGUGUAACUGCUAAUUAACAUCAUUUGGAGAAGAUGACAGAAUUGUGAACACUUCUUGUGAAGUUUGGGGUGUUGGGGAAAUCUCAGAAACCUGCGCAUGGUGUUAGUCUACUAAUUUGAAAAAUUGAUGGAAGAAUUGCAAUAUUUCUCUGGACACAAAAAUCUCUCUUAUUAGCAUAACACUUCAGUGUUCUAGAUUUCAGUAGGCAGACCAUUCUGUAUCCACACUGCAGACAUUUUGAUAUUUCUGUUGACACUUGAUUUUCUCUUGAAACACGGUUACCUUACUGUGUGUAGUAUUGAACCUAUCUUGUUCUUGAGUUUUAAAAUCUGAUGGUUAAAAUUCACAAAUGAUUGAAAGUGCACUGUAUCACAAAAACUAAAUAGCCAAGAAUACUUUUAAUCAUUUUAUGCCACACUAGCAAGCUGUCACAAUUUUUUUUCUUGUAUCUAUACAAACUAGAAUGUAUUGUAUCUACUGAUCUGUUAAUUUCUAACAAGUCAAACAUUUUUAUCAGUGCCUGUGGCACAUUUGUGUGAUUAUUGAAAGUGUUGGUGGCUUAUAAACUUUAUCUUUUGUAAGAGUGAUAAAAAUAUAUAUAUAUACUCUUAUGUUGCUUUCUAUUCAGGAAGGAUAUCAUAGAUUCAUACACAAUUUCUGUAAUGUUGUUUUAAAACAUUGACAAAUUCUGAAAAAAACCUGUGCCAGAAUUUCAGUAAUAGUGGGAAAUACUGAUUAUACGAAUCAGCUCUGUAAAAUAGCAUCUUGCCUCAAUCCUGCAGUGACUGGCAUUAUUGAAAUACCUAGGACAGGUAUCUGUAAUGUAUGGGAAAUCUCUUCCUUGGCGUUGUAUAAGUGUUUUAAAACAAAACGAACAAAAAUUGUGUCCAUCAUGAUAAAAUGAUCUAUAAUCCUUGUAAAUCUGAUUGGUUGAUUCUAAACAGAGAUGGACUGUCUACUCAUUUCUAUGUAUCUUAUCUAUCUCUAUAUUUCUGAGGCACCUAUCACCUUAAUGUCAAAGCACUGAUCCGAUCUGAGAGCUCUUUUUUUUUCUGAUCUUCUCUUCUUACGAAUAGUUUGAGGAAAUCCAGUACCUACAGUCAAGUUACAGCAUAUGUUCCAUGCAGCAGUAGAUCCUAAACCCAUUUGUUCUAUUGUAUUGCAUCAUUCUUGCCUGAAGUGCCUCAGUUAAUUCUGGCUUGUUUUUAAGAGUCAUUUAUUUGAGCUGGCUGGGAAGACUCUGUAAGUUUAUACAAUGACUUUCCAAACUGAAAGUGUGAGGUGACAUGACAAACUGCAGCACCUUACUUUUGUCAGCUCAUAAACAAGCCAGCACUCCAAGCUAUCAGUGAACCCUUAAGACUGCUUUAAGUAUAAGAUAACAGUAGCUAACUGUGUCACCAUUACUGUUAUCAGGAAUGUAUAUGCUGGUUUUCUAACCUUAACAUUUAUAUAAUGCUAGGCUAUUCAUAGUUUUUUGUAAAUCAGAAAAGGACUUUGAACAAACUACACUCUGAAAUUUGAUUUCUACCUAAAUGUAUGCUACAGUAUUUUUGUAUAUGAAACAAACACUCAUAGUAUGCUGUGUGUGUAUUUACAGCCAAAUUCUGCAGUCCUUUAUCCAAAAUCUCAUAUUCAAAUAUAGAGUAGAGUAAUAAUAUUUCUAGUUUAGGAUGAUUGUAUAACCUGAGAGAGUAGCAGAGCCAUGUAGAAUCUUCUGUAAGCCAUUACAAUCAAGAGAAAGCUAUUUAUCCUAGGUUGGUCUUCCUUGCUGCAUAUUGUACUGUGCUUCUAGCAUUGGGCUUGAUUUUUGCUACCCUGACCACUGAGUGUCUAUUUGCACUAUUGCAGUGGUUAGAUAUCCUCACUGUUAAAUAUUUACUUCCUGUUUGAACUUUGCUAAUUUAACUUUUCUAUGUCCUGGUUUGCUAAAUAAGACCUCCUCCCCCUCUUACUAUCAGAGAGCUGUGUGUAAAUUCUUGCAGACUAAGAUUAAAUUGCCUCUUAACAUUCUUUUGAAUAUAAUAAAUUAAAUUGAACUCAUUUAUUUUUUCUUAUUAGAAAAUGAGUUUUCCAGGCCACAAAUCAUUCCUGUUGCUGUUCUUCAAAUCUCCUCUAGUUUUUUAACACCCUUUUUAAAUUAUGGACAUCAGAAUUAGCCACAGUAUUUCAGCAGUGGUCUCACCAGUGCCUUGUACAAAGGUCAAAUCACCUCCUUCCCUGUUCAUAAAACACUUCUGUAAAUGAGGAGAAAAAAACCUGUCUUUAGGCUUAUUUCUGUUGAUUAUGACCUUCUGUGGGUACAUAUGAAAUUUUUAUUUUAUAAACGGCCAUCUACAUAGCAUAUAUUAAGACAUUAUGAAAACUAGAAUAAAAUUAGUAUCUGCUCUGUAGCUGCCAAUUCAUCAUGCGACCAUAAUGUGUGAUGAUGGAAAGGAGAACUCAUAUCACUUCUGUUGUUAGCUGGGUCUUUUCAAGCCAAUGUACCUCAAAAUUGAAUUAAUAUUGAUCACAAGGCAUGGUAUCAUAUUUAUUCAAAACAAAAUUAGACUUCUGUAAGUUGGGUGUCAGCAUCAUCCUAAAUUGUGUGUGUGUGUGUAGGGUUGUUUUAAAAAUAAUUGUGGUAACAUUUCAUUUAGAAUUAUGUUUAAUAUUCAGCACAGUUCAAUUUUUAUUAUUUAUGGAACUGAUUCAAAUAGCAAGCUAUUGCACAUUGCACAAUGAAUGGUAUAGUAAAUACAGGACUGAGAAAUAAACUAAAAAAAUUCUAUUUAUAACAGAAAGUAGGAGAAAUUGGGAGUGCUACGUGAUUAAAUAUAAUAGAGCAUCUGCAUGGAACAGAACAAAAUGUAAGUUAACCCAGCCGGGCUACAGACGAACUGUCAUAUUAAAAGUUGCUAUUGAACAAAAAUCAUAGUCUUGAUAACAACAUGAAUCAGAUUUAUAUAUUUUAUUUAAGGAUUUAAAACGUUACUGCUUUUAUCAGUACCAUACUUGAUACAAAGUCUAUUUUUUCUGUUCCAUUGCCAAUAAUAAACCCUCAAAUGCCAAGUGACAUUUAAUUUAUUAUAUUUAAUAGCUUUUGAUAUAUCUGCUUUCUAAAUUUUGACAGAAGAGUAUAAAUACAGUUCUAGUGUCUGUGAACAGAUCUAAACAUUCAUGAAGAACCUAUCUGAUGAUCAGAUGUCUUUCAGUAAAAUGAUGAGAGAUUACUUGCAUAUUUGGACCUUUGUCUUGCUUGUGGUGAGAGAAAAGAGAGUGGACAUUUUAUAGACAUAAAAUCCUACAGCUUAAUAGAACUGCGAUGUCCUCUUUUGAGUGUGUAUUUAUAUAAUAAUACUGCUGCUGUUUAUAAAUUGUUAAACUACUAGAGAACUGUUAACGAUAGAACAGCCUAAAAUCUUAAGAUUCAUUUUAUAUUUCAUGUUAAAUGCUAGACAUUUGUUCAGUUUUAGUGUUAAGACUUUUUACAUCCCAUUUUUGGAAAAUAAGUGAGCUAGUUUAUAUAACGUUUAGCACUGUGUUGUAAACUGUUUCAAAAACUUCAUUACCUUAGCAAAACAUGCACAUUUGCCACGAAAGCUAUAUGUAACUGUUAUAUACCUCUUGAUAUUUGUGCAAAUGAUAUACGUUUAACAGACAAAUCCAUACUGGACUAAAUAAAACCAGGUUUUAAAAAAAAUUAAGUAGAAAAACUUGAAACUUUAAGCUAGCAUUCAAAAUGAAUAAGUAUUUAAAAUCUUUCUUGAAAACCUUUUAGAAUGAUAGUACUUUGAUAUAUUUUCUUAAUAAUGAAAGAAUGGAAUCAAAGUUCUUAUUUUAAAGAGUUCUGUUGUUUUAAAGCUUAAACUGGAUAAAAUGUAUAAAUUCGUAUCUUGGAAAACGCUUAUUACAGUAUUUCUGUGUUUCUCAUAAUUUUUAAAUUACUUUAGAAAAAAUUCGGCAGCCUUUCUUUAGUCAGGCAAAUCUGCCUACGCCCCCAAUUCUGCAAGGUACUUAAGCACGUGCCUACCAGAAUUAAGGCCUAAGUAAGAAUUGUGAUAUUUGGCCCUUUAUUUGGAUUCAGGAUUAGGGCUUGAUCCUGCAAACCCUUACAUAGGUAGUCCUGACUCAUGAGUAAUCCUACUUUACACUCUGAUCUUUCUAGCAUAUCUGCAUGGGCACAAGGCCUGACUCUGUGGAGCUUCUUGCAGGACCAGGACCAUAGUCUAUAAGGGCUUAUGUCAGUAAAGGUUUGCAGUAUCAUUCCCUAACCCUAGGGGAAAAAGGGGGAAAAAACUGUCAAGUGUUGUGUUCACAGUAAUAAAUGCUAUAACUAGCAUUUUAAGUUUAUGCAGGAUUGGUCCAUUAGAAAUCAGUGUACUGAAGCUUUGUGGGUUCAUCAAAAUACCAACAAGAAUUUCUUUCCAUUUUCUGAAACAAGUGAGAAAAUUUUUGUAUUUAUUGUAAAUCUGAAAAAAUGUAUGAAGCAUUUUGAUUUAGUUUUUAAUUUAUUUUGUGGUGUUUGACUAUUAACAAUUUUAUUAUGGUGGAAAUUAAAACUUUAAUAUUCAAUUAUGUAACUGCAGUUUGAGAACAAUAUUGGAGAUACUUCAGUAACAGACAACUAUAACAUUACAGCACUCUGCAAAGAAUAAAAAUGACACACACAUUACCUGCCCCUGGAAAUUUCCACUACAUGCAUCUGAUGAAGUGGGUAUUCACCCACAAA